AUGGCGUCCCACAUGCAUCCUUCGCCCGUCUCCCCUCCAUCCCCCAUGCUCUAUUCUUCUUCCGGCUCAUCCUCGAACGCCGUGCCGUCGGCUUCCCUCACGUCCGAGUCGUCGGUUACCCCGUCGCAAAUGUCCGACACCUCCUCCGCGUCGGCAAACACGUCCUUCUCCUCCGCUUCGGCAAACACGUCCUACUCCGACUCGUGCGACAACUACUGUCCCUCCAACUGCGUCGCCACACCUUCGGACGAUGCGUCUACCUUCCGCCGCUCGCUUCUCCCCCAGGACGAAGUCUCCCUUCCCCCGGAGCAGCGGCAGAACCCGAGGCGCACCACCGCCCGCUCCCAUUCCCAGCACGCCGCCCCGCCGGCUUUGGUUCGAGAGGUCGAUCGCCGAGUCGGCUUCGUCGACGGCCUUGUUGACGCCGCUGCCCAGAUGGUCGAGGCCAUCUGGCCGCUCUCCUCCGUCGAUGAGCUCGGCGGCAGGUCGGUCCUCCCACUGCGCACCUUCAUCCAGGAGACUCUUCGCCGCGCUCGCACCAGUUACUCGACUCUCCAGGUCGCACUGUACUACUUGAUUCUCAUCAAACCCAGCGUUCCUUCGUACAAAUCCCCCUGCACCCUCUCCGGUUCCGGCCGCGUCAUCCUCUGCGGCCGCCGCAUGUUCCUCGCCGCCCUCAUCCUCUCUUGCAAGUACCUUCAAGACCGCAACUUUUCCGCCGGCGCGUGGAGCAGGAUCUCGGGCCUCUCCGUCAGGGAGAUUAACCGAAACGAGCUUGCAUUUCUCUUUGCCGUCGACUGGAAGCUGCACGUCACCGAUGACGUCUUCCAGCGCUGGACCGAAAUCUUUCUCCGAUGCACCUCGUCCUCGGCUCCGUCGCAGUCCCUCAGCUGGAAGCAGAUGGCCCGCAAGCUGGACCCGGGACUGACCAACAUCGACACCCUGAUCCCUCGAUCGUCCCCCAAGGUCACCGACCUGGCGGCCCUGGCGGUGCGGAGCAUCCUGAACGCGCCCGCGGAACCACGCUCCACGCCGACGCCGCACGUCAACUCGAUGUCGUGCGACGCACCCGCCUUCAUGGAGCCGCAGCCCAUGCGUACCUGCGGCCGCCCCGCGCCGCUGCUCAACGAGCGCCUUGCCCCCCUGGCGAGCGGAUUCUUCACUCCUGCAGCGAGUGUAGCUUCGCGCACCACGGGCUUGGCCAUGCCGCGGACGGACUGUGCCGGUGGUAUCCAGGGGCUGGAUCGGCUCCCGCACCUUGUCGCCUCGUCGCCGCAGGGCCGCUUCCCCACGGCCCGCCGAACUUCGCUGGCAAAUUCCGUCUCGUCCGUCUCGUCCCCCGAAUCCACGUUUUCCGCCCCGUCACGUUCGCGCUCCGCUUCCUUCUCCUCUGCCUCCUCGCUCGCUAGCGCGACCCACUGCGCCCUCAAGCCUAGUGUGCCGUCGCGAUCCCGAGCGAUGGAGGCGUCGGACGAAAGCGUGAGCACGAAGUCGAGUGUCCUGGCGGUGCCUCAAGCGCACCCUGGGUACCUCGUGUCGUCGGGUACGUCGCUGGAUACGCGCUCGGAAGGGCGCGUCGGCGAGUUCGCCCCGGCCUCGGGAGAGGUAGGAGUCACCGUCGUCGCCCUCGACGAGCGUCAGAAGCACGAUCUUGCCACCAAAUCUGGUCGAAAGCGAAGCAGAAACCAAUCGGCGGACACGGCGCAACAUCUUGUUCGUGCUGUCGCGCCUGCCAGCGACCCUUGUACGCUGGCCUGGCUCGGCGGUGACGAGGGAUCCCAUGCCAACUUGUCGGAACCGCUCCUGCAAAUGCGCUUCGGCGCAAGCAUGGGGGCCCCUGCCAAACGAGUUUGCUACGCCGCCGGCCCUGGGGCUGUAGAGAACGUUGAGCAGAGCAUCAGCUUCACGAGACGGGGAACGUGGGACAGUGCUAUGGAAUAG